CAGAACUCAGGAUAGAACCCAGGAGUCCUGGCUCCCAGCCCCCACACACUAAUCACUAGACCUCCCUCCUCUUCCCUCCCUGAGUUGGAAUAGAACCCAGGAGUCCUGACCACCACCCUCCCCCGGUGGGUGUAGAGGAAUCCAGAGCAGAGCUGCAGUGUGGAUUUACCGAUCCCCAUCCCAGUACCAGCAGCGGACCGGAACGGGAGCUGGAUCCCCCAAGGGCUCCCCAACCCAGCACAGAGAUGUCAGCCCUGCUCCCCUGCAUCCUGGCCCUGAGCUGCCUCGCCCACAUAGGCUGGGGGGCGUAUUUCUUUCAGCAGCCCAUGGACCAGGUGAUCGUGGCGGGGCAGUCGGUGACGCUGGCCUGUGUGGUUGUGGGCUACCAGGGCAUGGUGCAGUGGACCAAGGAUGGCCUGGCACUGGGCGGAGAGCGAGACCUGCCUGGCUGGUCCCGGUACUCCAUCGUCGGGGAUCCGGCGGCUGGGCAGCACAACCUGAGGAUCGAGUCCGCUGAGCUUGGCGACGACGCUGUGUACGAGUGCCAGGCUACGCAGGCGGCGCUGCGCUCCCAGCGUGCCCAGCUCACGGUGCUCCUACCGCCCAAUGACCCCGUGAUCCAGAACGGCCCCAUCGUCCGGGUCCAGGCCAGCGUGCCCUACAACCUGACCUGCCAGGUGUCUGGUGCCAAGCCUGCUCCUGAGAUCAGCUGGUACCGCAAUGGGCAGCUGCAAGACUCUGCCCUCUAUGCCAAGGCCCUGAUGGAGGAUGGGAAGCGGGCGACGGCCAUCAGCACCCUGCUUCUCACGUCCAGCACCCAGGACAUGGGCAGCGCCUACACCUGCCGCGUCGCCAACCCGGCCGCACCUGCUGGCAAGCAGACCUCCAUCACCCUUGACGUGCUGUACCCCCCCACCGUGAUCCUCUCUGUCCAGCCACAGACUGUCCCGGAGGGGGGCAAGGUCAGCUUCCUCUGCACCGCCACUGCCAACCCCGAGGUGACCGGCUACCGGUGGGCGAAGGGCGGCGCAGUCAUUGCCGAGGCCAAUGGGGACAGCUACGAGGCCAGGGUGGAUCACUCCUUCUUCACCCAGCCUGUGUCCUGCGAGGUGGCCAACGCCGUGGGCAGCACCAAUGUCAGCACCCUGGUGGAUGUGCACUUCGGGCCCCGCCUGGUCUCCCAGCCUAAGCCCCUCACCGUGGAUGUCGGGGCCGACGCCUCUUUCACCUGCACCUGGGCUGGGAACCCGCCCCUCACCCUGGCCUGGACCAAGAAGGGAUCCAGUGUGGUGCUGAGCAAUGGCAACACCCUGCACCUAAAGGCCGUGACGCAGGAGGACGCUGGCACCUACGUGUGCAAGGCCAUCGUACCACGCAUCGGUGUGGCUGAUAAGGAGGUGACGCUGGCGGUCAACGGGCCCCCCAUCAUCACCACUGAGACCAGCCAGCAGACGGCGCUGGGGGACAAGGCACAGUUGGAGUGUCUAGUGAGGAGCACGCCGCCCCCUGACCGCAUCGUGUGGGCGUGGGGCGAGCGGGUGCUGGACAGUGGCUCGGAGGAGCGAUUCACAGUGGAUACAGCGCUGACGGAGCAGGGGGUGCUCUCGGCCCUGCUCAUCCAGCCCACGCGCCCAGAGGACUUUGCCCUGCCUUACAACUGCACGGCCUGGAACCGCUUUGGGGCCCGCUCGGCGGCCGUCACGCUGCGCCGGCAGGAGGUCCUGCCCAUCAUGAUAAUCGGGGCCUCAGCCGCGGCCGCCAUCACCCUGCUGCUGGUCUUGGUCGUUGGCGUGUCUGUCUGCUGCCUGCGCUGGUGCCACGGGAAAGCAGCCAAACAAGGCACCAAGCUCUCGAAGACGGAUGUCCUGGUGCAGAUCACCACGAGCGACAGCAGCCCCAGCCGACCCAGCGAUACAGAGGAUGAUGUCAAGGAGCCCAUGGCCACGAGCAGCGAGUCCCCAGCCACGUCGCACACGGAGCACAGCGAGAUCCUGGAGGAGGAAGAGGGCAGCCAGGACAUUAAGGACCCCACCAAUGGUUACUACAAGGUCCAUGCUCACGAGGAGCCCCACCUGUCUGGCAGUUUCUCGGAAUACGCCCCGGCCUCGCGCCCCCUCUACGCCGGGUCCCACGCCGCCAUGUUCCCCCCCUCAGGGCAGCCCUACAGCCACCGCUAUACGCUAGGGGCACCCAGCUCCCGCACAGCCUACGAGCCCCACUACCCGCAGGAUGGGGUGUACGGGGGGGGCUACCUCACAGCCCCCUACACCCGGGCCUUCACCAGCUACAUCAAGCCCAGCGCUUACGAGAAGGCAGAGAACGGCUACGAACAGUCAGACCAGGCCAGCAAGGUGUCGGGUGGCUCCCGCUUCUCCUACACCUCCCUCUCGCAACAGUCGGACUACGGGCGACCCGCCCAGCAGCGCAUGCAGACACAUGUGUGACUCUUCCUCCCCAACACACAUCAAGCCAUUGGGGGACAGACACCCAGGGCCAUCCCUGGUGUGGGAGGGGGUUGGUGGAGGUUCAGCUUAGCCAACUGUCUCAAAAUGGCCGACAGGCUAGCUGACUUGUGCUGCUGGAGGUGGAGAUGAGUGGCCAUCGGCUGGGGGAAGAGGUUCAAAAUGGCUGUCUCCCCAACUGACUUUUGCUUCUAGAGGUGGGGAUGAGUGGCUAUUGGCUGGGGGUAGGAAUCAGGGCAUGGGUUCAAAAUGGCUGACAAGGGGGGUUCAAAAUGGUUGACAGCCCUGUUGACUUCCUCCUUUGGAGCUGGGGAUGGAUUCGCACUGGAUAGGGAAGAAGUCACAAGGUUGGAUACGCUAAUGCCAUCAAAAAUGGGUUCAUAGAAUCAUAGAAUCAUAGAAUAUCAGAGUUGGAAGGGACCUCAAGAGGUCAUCUAGUCCAACCCCCUGCUCAAAGCAGGACCAAUUCCCAGCUAAAUCAUCCCAGCCAGGGCUUUGUCAAGCCGGGCCUUAAAAACCUCCAAGGAAGGAGACUCCACCACCUCCCUAGGUAACGCAUUCCAGUGUUUCAAGAUGGCCGACUGCCCAGCUUCUUCGGUUGGGCCUGGUGAUGAAUCCAAUUGGCUGGGGAAGAAGUCCGGCUUAGCCCUGGGACGUUGAGGUGGGUUCAGAAUGGCUGAUGGUCCCAUUCAUUUCCUGAAAUUGGCCGGUUGGCUUAGUCUGGGGCUGCCAAGGUGGAUACAAAAUGGCUACCAAGAGGGGCUCAAAAUGGCCAACAGCCCAAUCAGCUUCCUGCAGAGACAAGUGGAGGGAGGAGCCAGUGGAUGUUGGAUUUCUGAAUGGCUUCCCCCACCGCAGUUGGCACUGGAUCAGCCAGGCCUGGAAGCAAGAUGGCGACCGCAGGACCAAGAUGGCAGCUGAUGCUAGGCCCCACCUGCUGGAGUUGCAGGCCCAGUAAAAAUGGCAGCUCUCAACUUCCUGUGCAGCCUGACCAUGGGGCUCAUGGGGGGCAGUGGACAUAUGCGUGAAUCCCCCCGAUAGCAGCACCCUCCCACGCACCACCAAUGGGGGGGGCCUAGGUCUGCUGCCCUCUGCUCCACCCCCACCCACCCCCCCUGCUGGGGUGGGACUGGUAGGGGCCCCACAGAUUGGUGGGGCUGGGAGCUAACAGCCCAUGGGGAUACUAAGGGCAGAUUCCUCCUUUCAGAGCGUGCAACCUCAGGCAUGCCCCCGGGCAGCGGCCUGGUUGGCUUGGGGGGGCGGGGGGGAGGGAAUAGAGCACAAGACCUCUCCCCUCCAAGGGGCACCAAUUCUAAUUCCCCAUUGCAAGACCACGGGGGCAAGAUGUUGAUGUUAUAGAUGGGCCUGGCCACAGCCUCUGGCAGUAAUCAGAGCUGGGCCAAAUCGAUCCAGGUGGGGGGGCUGGGUUUUUCCCCACCAUUAAAAACACCCCGUUUCCCUGCCAUCCCCAGGCACUGUGUUCCCCCACAGGGGGGAUGGGAGUUCUCAGGGUAAACCCCCCCACACACACACCUGUCAAUCUCCCAUUACAACUGUGCAGACAAAUAAUUUAUAAUUAAUAAAACACAUGGAAAGAGUCA